AUGUCGACAUCGCUCCCAACGUCCGCUGUGCCAGAUGAGAAGUCAUCCUCACGAGUAUCAGCGUUUUUGAGGGCCGACGUGGAGCCUCACCAUGGGGACGUGAUCUUGUUCGCGUGCUGUCUCUCGUCCGGCUUGGUCGACAGUACGAUAUACAACGCGUAUCGGACAUUUGUGUCAAUGCAAACUGGAAACACGAUUUUCGUCGGAUUGGGAGCGUCAGGGCAGGACACACGUCCAUAUGGCUGGACACGCUCUCUGACAUCCAUCGGGUGUUUUGUGAUCGGGAGUUUCCUCUUCGCGCGGCUUCAUCGCAUUCUGGGGCCCCGGCGCCGAGGAUGCAUGAUGCUUUCAUUCUUGAUCCAAGCCAGUGUGAUCAUCAUCGCGGCCGGGCUCAUUCAGGGUCAUGUCAUCUCGAGUACUCUGGCCACGGGGCAUCCAAGCGGUACCCCUCCAUGGGACCAGGAGGUUCCCAUUGUGCUCCUAAGUCUUCAGUCGGCCGGUCAGAUCGUGGCAAGUCGUGCCCUGGGAUUUAACGAGAUCCCGACUGUGGUCAUCACCAGCCUUCUCUGUGAUCUCAUGUCAGACCCAAAGCUCUUCUUGUUGCGGAAUGAAAAGCGUGAUCGGCGGAUCAUUGCGUUUAUAUUGACCUUGGUGGGAGCCAUUCUUGGGGGCUGGGUGACCAAGACCACGGAGCAGAUUGCGUCGGCUUUGUGGUUAUCAGCGGGGAUCAAGCUGGUAGCUGCGGGUGCAUGGGGUUUCUGGGCGACUGCAUCGUAA